CUAAUUAGUUAUUUAAAAAGACUAGAUUCAUUUGUCGAGUGUAAACUUCAUGAUCGUGUUAAACCUGAAGAUCUUGCGUCGGCCGGACUUUUUUACGGAGGAAGGUACGACGGAGUGAUGUGUUUUUCGUGCGGUAUGGAAAUGAGAAGCAUAAAGGCGGAGGAUGACCCAUGGAUAUUGCAUGUGAAGUACUCCUCAAAGUGUACCUUUGUUACACAAGAAAAAGAUCCCGCGUUCAUAAAUGCCCAUGCGGUGGACUACAGCAAGCUGCCGCAUCGAGAGGAGGAGGAUUUUGGACUCAUAACGCCGUGUAAAAUGUGUAAAAGAAAAAACAUCAACACAGUUUUUGUACCGUGUAGUCAUUACGUCACGUGUGAACGCUGUGCACAGAAGGAAAAUCAUUGCUUGGAGUGUAAUGCUCCGAUCCUUGAACGCGUUAGAGCAUACACAUCUUAAUUUCACACGGAGAAUCGUGUCUGAAAGCUGAAACACAUUGUUUAACUUAUCGUUGAUGUAACACUGCAAAAUGUUUUGUUUACUAAACAUAUGCAUUAUAUCCUGAAAUGACUAAACACAAGUUUAUUUCUUUAUAUAAAAUACAAAUUAGCAUCGUGCAAUAAAAAUAAUAAAAAUUAAAAUAGAAAUAAAAAGAUAUCAUGAUGUAGACGAGUACCUUAAUACAUGUAGCAGUCAAAAUAAAACAUAUGUUCUUAU